AUGGAAUAUAAUGGAGGAAUAAUUAGGAUUUAAUCCUAACAUCCAAAAUUCCUUAGUUUACUUUAGAGUUUAGAUUCUUAAGGUACUUACUCAAAUACAAUUCAUUAAUAAAAUUGCACUUUUCACAAAUUUUAAGAAAAUCAUAAUUUAAUAAUUUCAACUGGAUAUCUCAUAGCAAAAUUUGCUUAAGCCAUUAAUUCAUAUAAUAUAAAUAUAAUAAAAUAACAUAUUAAAUUUAGUUUAAUAUUAUAAGACAAUAAGGAAAUAAACUUAAAUCUAAUUUGCCUUAAUUUUGAUGAUUGGAUUGCAGAAAAAUUAAAUAAUUGCUAUAUUGAAAUAGAAUUAGGGUUUAUUAUGUAUUUUGAGUAUCCUAAUAUAAAUAUUGUCUAAUAAAUUCCAAAAUAUUGCAGCUCACUUUUGACAUAAGGAUAAGAAGUCUUAACAAUUAAUUAAUCUCCUUUUUUAAAAGGUAGUGUGAUGUAAAAAUAGUAUUGUCGAAAGGCAUAUGUCUCAUAACUAUUUACAAAUUAAAAUUAAUCAAAAUAGCUAAUGAUGUUAGGAAUAGUUAGUUAAGUAGGUCAAGAAGGAGGAGGAAUAUUUAAUUCUAAAGGAGAAUAUGUUGGGAUUCUUCUUUAAAAUAUUAAAAUAGGCAGAUUAAAUAAUAGAUAUUUUACAUUUUGUGUGAAUUGGGUUGUUAUUAAUUCAAUUUUUAAUAAAAAUACUCCAUAACUUAAUCCAUCUUAUUUUAAUGCUGAAAUAAUAAAUUAAAUACUAAAUGUUACAAAAUAUAUAUCAUAAGGGGCUGGUUAAUUUGGUAGUGGAAUCUUAGUAAAUGAUCUAUAAAAUUAAUAAAGCUAUAUUUUAACAGCUAAUCAUGUUUUGUCAGAUAUUUUAAAGGGAUCAAAAAUAUUAAUUGGAGAAGAAUAAUAUGAGGCAUUCAUUUUGGAAGACACUUUGAAUAAUAUGGACUUUUCAAUAGGAAAAGCAAAAAACUAUAUAUCAUAAGGUUUAAAUAUAGAGGAUGAUGUUAUAUUUUCAGAAGUUCCUGUAGUAGGAUCUACAGUUUAUGCUGUCGGGUAUUUAUAUACUCUAUUUUAAUACAAGCCUUGUAUAUCCAAGGGGUCAAUUAUUAAAAUAAUUUAUGACUAAUUCAAUUAAAUGAUAUCAAUUGUUACAGAUUGUUUUAUCCAUAAUGGUUAUAGUGGAGGGGGACUUUAUAAUUAAUAUGGAUAAUUAUUAGGGAUCAUUUCAUUUAACAUUUGCCAUUCGAUUGAAGGUGUAAUUUGUGAUUUAUCCUAUAUUACUCCAAUUUUUCCAUUUUUAACAGUAUUCUAGGAUUUAGUACAAUAAAGGUAAUAAAUUUAGAAAUAUGAUUAGAAAUUUGACUUAGACUUCAAAAGAUAAAUUAAAAUAAGAAAUUAAAUUGGCAUCUGAGAUUAGAACUCUAUGUACACUAAGAGAAUUACCACAAAUAGGAUAUAUUCCAAAAUUAUGA